AUGCAGCAGGUGUUUGAUAUGUUUCCUGAAGUGCUAAUGAUUGACUGCACAUAUUGCACAAACAAAUUAAGAAUGCCUUUAUUCACUCUGUUAGUGGAGGUUGGAAAUGGAACAGGUCAGGCUGUUGGUUAUUCUUUCAUUGCACAAGAAACUGAAAACACUCUGCAAGAUGUGUUUUUAGAAAUUAAACUUAUACUAAAUCUUUACCAAGUAAAGGUUGUCAUUCUUGACAAGGUUGUCAUUCUUGACAAGGUUGUCAUUCUUGACAAGGACCUGAAAGAAAUAAGUUUAGCCUGUAUAGAAAAAGAUAAUCUAAAAAAAAUAUUUCAAUCGCUUGUGUAUGCAAAAUCAAAGAAAUUGUUAGACAUAAAUUUGGGUCAUCUUGCUACAGUUGCACAAGAAGUUGUAAUGGCAUACUACAACAAAUAUUGGGGCUUGCCACACCAAGUUAAGUAUUGGGCAUACUAUGAAACUAUCAAGUGUAUUAAUCUUGGUAAUACAACAAAUAACAGGUCCGAGUCCCAUAACCAAAAAAUUAAAAACAUUUUGUCCGGGAAAAUGUUCUUAGCAGAGGCAGUAAAAGGUAUCCUUUUGUUACAUACUGGUAAAUUUGAACAAAUGGCUCAUAUUGAGUUUAAUCAAUCUUUUAAAGAGCCAUAUAGAUUAGGUACUGAUGAAGAUAUAGUUAGAGAUGAUAUUGUAAAAGAAUACAAUGUAAAAAGAUUAGGUACUGAUGAAGAUAUAGUUACAGAUGAUAUUGUAAAUGAUCUAACUCCAUAUGCUGCUGGAAUUGUAAUUGCAGAGUUAAAAAAGUCUCGCACUGAUUUGUUAGUGUUAAAUAAAGUAUGUUCGUGUCCUUUGCAGGUUACUAUGAAACUUCCUUGGCGGCACACAAUGGCAGUGAAAUAG